AUGGUCGCCGAUCUCCUCCUUCAAGCUCUCGUAAUCAUAGUCGUCAUCAUCACGUUCUUAUUCAUGUACAAAAUCCCCCAAAAAUACAUCUCCAAGUAUCGCGCCACGUCAUCGAACUCCUCCGCUCUCCGAGCUCGCCGUCACUUCAUCGCCGGCGCCCAGCUCCUCUCGAAAUCUCGGUCAAGUCGCGACCUUUCCGCCGCGAAACUCGCCGUCGAGGAAGCGGACAAGGCGAUUGAGUUGGAUCCGCGAGACGCCGCGUCGCAUAUACUUAAGUCGUUAGCUUUGGAGAUGCUAGGGUUAAAGACGGCGGCAAUCAAGGCGAUUGACGCCGCGUUGUCGCCGCUCGCGGUGAAGUCGCUUGAGGAUGAUGAGAAGGGAGAUGCGUUGUAUAAGCGAGCCGAGUUGCGAGUUGGAGUGAGUGGAGAGGAGCGAGUUGACGAAGCCGUUUUGAGUGAUUUAAUUGAGUCGGUGAAGCUGAAAGGGGAUAAUGUGAAGGCGUUUAUGUUGUUAGGAGAGUGUUAUGAGAGGAAAGAGAUGAACGAGAAAGCAAUGGAAGCUUACGAGAGCGCGAUUCGAGUUGAUUCGGAUCACAAGGGGGCUCGGGAGGCGUUGAAUCGACUGGGAGAAUCGCGAUGA